CUUUCCAUGAUUUCUAUAGAUGUCAGCAGCAGAGAAACAGCGAAGAUACCGGGCUCGACGCGAUGCUGAUCCCUCAAGAAGGGCACAAUAUUUAGAAAAGCAAAGAGAGGCCUGGUACAGACAAAUAAGACACGGAAAGGUGAAACUAGUCACAGAGUUGAGUGAGAGCGAGAAACAAAGCAAGAGAGACAAGUGGAGAAAAGCACAACAGAGAAGAAGACAGAGAAAUCAAAUGCUAGUACAAAAAGACAGCAAUGAACUUGAACAGAUACCUACAGAAUCAAGGAGUCGAAUGGCCUCUGCUGUUACAGUGAAGACAGAGAAGCGUCCUUCCCAUGACUCUGAGGAUGGAGACACAGUGGCUAAGAAGGCCAGGAAGUUGUUGCCCAGCCUGAAGACGAAGCGUGCUCCUGAGCUGGUGCUGGUGAUCGGCACCGGGGUGAGUUCAGCCGUAGCUCCACAGGUGCCUGCGCUGCGCUCCUGGAAAGGUCUGAUUCAGGCGCUGCUCGAUGCUGCCAAUGACUUUGAUCUGCUUGAGGAGGAAGAGAGCCGCCGCUUUCAGAAAAGUCUGCAAGAGGACAAGAACCUGGUGCAUGUUGCUCAUGACCUUAUCCAGAAACUUUCACCAAGGACAGGAAAUGUACGCUCCACCUUUUUUAAAGACUGCCUCUACGAGGUGUUUGAUGACCUGGAGUGUAAGAUGGAGAACGCUGGGAAGCAUCUCCUGCGCUCCGUGCUUCAGUUGAUGGAGAGCGGCGCUCUGGUCCUCACCACUAACUUUGACAAUCUGCUAGAGAUUUACGCCGCCCAUCAAGGGACCAAGCUGGAGUCUCUGGAUCUCACAGAUGAGAAGAAGGUUCUGGAGUGGGCUCAGGAAAAGAGAAGACUGAGUGUACUGCAUAUUCACGGUGUUUACACCAACCCCAGCGGCAUCGUACUGCAUCCUGCUGGCUACCAGAACGUUCUGAGGAACACAGAAGUCAUGAGGGAGAUCCAGAAGCUCUAUGAAACCAAGUCUUUUGUGUUCCUGGGCUGCGGGAGGACAGUGGACGACACCACCUUCCAGGCCCUGUUUCUCGAGGCGGUCAAACACAAGUCCGACCUUGAGCAUUUCAUGCUGGUGCGGCGAGAGGAUGUGGGAGAAUUCAAGAAGCUCCGAGACAACAUGUUGGACAAGGGCAUUAAGGUCAUCUCGUACGGCAACGAAUACGCCGACCUGCCGGAGUACUUCGAACGACUGGCCAAUGAGAUUUGCAACCGGGAUGUGGACCGGGACGUGCUCACCAAUGGCUGGGGAUCUCCCAUCUCACAAGGCGAAGAAAGUCUUAAUGGCUUUACGACCCAGAAAAACCUCCUGCAAGUGCAUGCUUCUAGAACGAUAGAAACAUGAAUGCAGCACAAGAGCUUCUGUUGUUGUUUUAUACUCCCCUUCCCACUGUACUCCUCUGCACCCGUGGCUUCCCGUGAUUUAAUCAGCUGAUGAGCACUGUGUUGUAAUGAGAUCUUCAUUGUAGCUCUUCCUCUUUCCCUGUCCAGACUUCCACUUGUAACACAAGUGGCAGUCUGGGAACGUUUCCACAGCUCCGCCGCCCCCUUCCGCUCGGAUCUGGUAUGACUAGAUCUUCACGCACAACAGACUCAUUUCUCAUACUUAAACCGAGCGCUGCCAGUCCCGGUCGCUUCACACGGGAAAGGCGUCAGUCAAAGCACCACCAAGCAAACUGUGAACUCCUGCAACUCGGAAAAUGUUUAUGAAACUUCAUGUGAGCGAGGGAGAUUUUUUUUUAUGUGGUUUUAAGUGAAGUGCGGACCAGAAAUAUUCAGAAAAGUCCGAUCUUAAACAUGAGCUGUCAAAUACUAAAACAUUUGAACAGGAGUGUGUGUAAAUGCAAUCUCACUUCCCAUUUUUCACAUCACUAAAUGCACAAGCAAUACUAAAAUGGUGAUUGUGUGAACCUCACAAAAAUAUCAAGAAAUGUCCGUCUUAUUUCACCAAUAAAUAAGUGUACC